UGUGGCUCCCUCCCUCCGCCACCUCGCUGUGGUGAGGUAGCCAAGGGGCGGGUCCGGAGCCCGCGCAAGCGAAGAAAAGCUGCUGCUCGCCGUUCUCCUUGUCAGAGCGGCAGAGCAAUGUCGAACUGUAACCGGGAAGGCGCCCUUAAGCGGGCCCGGCCUAUCAGCCCAGCCGAUGACUUCCAGACGCCUCAAAAGCGCGGCGUUACCGCUGUACACUCGGCGGGUUCCGUUCACCUCUGUCCUCGGUUCUGGGACACGGAGCAGCUGUGCGCCUUCCUUCAGGCUCAGGGCUUGGAAGAUGCGGAGCUGCAGUGUUUUCGAGAACAUAAAAUAGAUGGUUCAGGUGUACCAGGUCUCACUGAAUCUGAUCUUGAAAAAAUGGGAAUUUGUGCUACAGGAGUGAAAAAGAAGCUGCUAAUUUGUAUGCGCAAACUGGCACAAAGUCAAAGUUACACUGAUAUAACAAAGGUAUUUAAUGACUCAAUCCAUGGACAUAUUGAAAUGCAUCCUCUUCUUGUUCGCAUCAUUGACACACCUCAGUUUCAGCGUCUACGAUAUAUUAAACAGUUGGGUGGCGCUUACUAUGUUUUCCCAGGAGCAUCACACAAUCGCUUUGAACAUUCUCUUGGUGUUAGUCAUCUUGCAGGCCGUUUGGUGCAGGCGUUGCAAGAACGACAACCUGAACUGAAUAUUGAUCAGAGGGAUAUUCUCUGUGUUCAAAUUGCUGGACUUUGUCAUGACUUGGGUCAUGGACCAUUUUCGCAUAUGUUUGAUGGAAGAUUCAUUCCACUUGCUCGCCCAGGAUUAGAAUGGAAGCAUGAGCAGGCUUCCAUUCAGAUGUUUGAACACUUAAUUGAUUCCAAUAACUUAAAGCCAGCUAUGGAAAAGUAUGGUCUCAAGCUUGAUGAAGACAUACAUUUUAUCAAAGAACAGAUAGAUAGUCCUGUUCAGGAGAAAAGUGGGGGCAAAGAGUGGCCCUAUCGUGGUCGUUUCAAAAACAAGAGUUUUCUUUAUGAAAUAGUAGCUAACAAAACAAGUGGCAUUGAUGUUGAUAAAUGGGACUAUUUUGCCAGGGAUUGUUAUCAUCUUGGAAUUCAAAACAAUUUUGAUUAUGAGCGCUUCAUUAAAUUUGCUCGGGUUUGCGAAGUGAAAGAUAUGAUGCAUAUUUGUACCCGUGAUAAGGAGGUUGGAAAUUUGUAUGACAUGUUCCACACACGAAACUGUCUGUACCGCAGAGCAUAUCAACACAAAGUUGUCAACGUUAUUGAAACCAUGAUUACUGAUGCCUUUUUAAAGGCUGAUCCACAUAUCAAAAUAAAGGGCUCAGGUGGAAAAGUGUUCCAGAUCUCUACAGCACUGGAAGACAUGGAAGCCUACACCAAGCUGACAGAUGAAAUCUUUUUGAAGAUUCUACAUUCUGAUGAACCAGAGUUGAGUGAUGCACGUGAAAUUCUGUGUAAAGUACAGCGGCGCGAUCUCUUUAAAUGCUUGGGGGAAACACAGCCACCAGAGGGCGAGGAAGUUAAAAAGGAAGAUUAUGAAGGAUUGUGUGCUGAAAUUGUUAAUUCCAAACCUAUGACAAUGUCUGAAGAUGUGGAACUGAAGGCUGAAGAUUUUAUUGUUGAUGUUAUUGAUAUGGAUUAUGGAAUGAAAAAAAGGAAUCCCAUCAAUAGUGUUCGUUUUUACUGCAAGUAUGACAUCACUCAGGCAAUUAAAAUUACAAGAGAACAAGUUUCAAAGCUGCUCCCGGAAAAAUUUGCAGAGCAGAUCAUCAGAGUUUAUUGUAAAAAAAAAGAUACAAAGAUAAUUGAGGCUGCUACAAAAUAUUUUGUUAAGUGGUGUAUGGAUAAGCAAUUCACUAAACCAUGGGAUGGUGAUGUGGUUGCUCCUGAACUUACUCCAAUGAAAGAAGGGUGGAAUAAGGAUGAUGAAAAUCAGGAUUUAGACAGGAACAGUAGUGGUUUAAAUUGUAAAGUAAAACUUUUUGAGUGAGUUAGUAUAUUCCUUCAAUUCUGUGUGUGUGCAUGUAUUCUAGCCAAACUUUCUUCAAAAGAUAUUCUGUAAAAUUAUAGAGUAAGCCUGCAUAG